GGGAGUUGUAGUCCGUUCGCGGGGAGGGUUGCAGCGUGGGCUGCUGGGAGUUGCAGUCCCCGGGACUCGCCUUCCCGGCGUGCCCCGCGGCGCUCAGCGGCGGUCAUGGCGGCGGUGGCUGCGCGGCGGAGCUGAGGCCUGCGGCGAUGGCUGGAGAACUGGCGGAUAAGAAGGACCGGGACGCGUCGCCCGUCAAGGAGGAGAGGAAACGCUCCCGUUCCCCGGACAGAGACCGCGACCGGGACAGGGACCGCGACCGGGACCGCAAGGGGUCCCCCGGCAAGGAUAGGAAACGGCACCGGUCCCGGGACAGGAGGCGAGGCAGCCGCUCCCGGUCCCGGUCCCGCUCCAAGUCGGUAGAUAGGGACCGCCGGCACAAAGACCGAGAUCGUGACCGGGGCAAGAAGGACCGGGACCGGGAGAAGGAUGGGCACCGGCGGGACAAGGACAGGAAGCGAUCCAGCUUGUCCCCAAGCAGGGGCAAGGACUCGAAGUCCCGGAAGGAGCGGGACUCGCGGAAAGCGGAGGAGGAGGAGGAGAAUGCGCUGAAGAAGGAGAAGGCCCAACCCCUGUCCUUGGAGGAGCUGCUGGCGAAGAAGAAAGCUGAAGAGGAGGCAGAAGCUAAGCCCAAGUUCCUGUCCAAGGCCGAGCGGGAGGCAGAGGCUUUGCGGCGGCGGCAGCAGGAGGUGGAGGAGCGGCAGCGGCUGCUGGAGGAGGAGAGGAAGAAAAGGAAGCAGUUCCAGGAAAUGGGGAGGAAGAUGCUAGAAGACCCCCAGGAGCGUGAGCGCAGGGAGCGCCGGGAGCGCAUGGAGCGGGAGACCAACGGCACGGAGGAUGAGGAGGGCAGGCAGAAGAUUCGGGAGGAGAAAGACAAGAGCAAAGAGCUCCACGCCAUCAAGGAGCGCUACCUGGGAGGGGUGAAGAAGCGGAGACGCACCCGGCACCUGAACGACCGCAAGUUUGUCUUUGAGUGGGAUGCAUCAGAGGACACGUCCAUUGACUACAACCCGCUGUACAAGGAACGGCACCAAGUGCAGCUGCUGGGCCGGGGCUUCAUCGCAGGGAUCGACCUGAAGCAGCAGAAAAGGGAGCAGUCGCGUUUCUACGGGGACCUGAUGGAAAAGAGGCGAACGCUGGAGGAGAAGGAGCAAGAGGAGGCCAGGCUGCGGAAGCUGCGGAAGAAGGAGGCCAAGCAGCGCUGGGAUGACCGCCACUGGUCCCAGAAGAAGCUGGACGAGAUGACAGACAGGGACUGGCGUAUUUUCCGUGAGGACUACAGCAUCACCACCAAAGGGGGCAAGAUCCCCAACCCCAUCCGCUCCUGGAAGGACUCAUCCCUGCCUCCCCACAUCCUGGAGGUCAUCGACAAGUGCGGCUACAAGGAGCCCACCCCGAUCCAGCGCCAGGCCAUCCCCAUCGGCCUGCAGAACCGCGACAUCAUCGGCGUGGCCGAGACGGGCAGCGGCAAAACGGCGGCUUUCCUCAUCCCGCUGCUCGUCUGGAUCACGACCCUGCCCAAGAUCGACCGGAUCGAGGAGUCGGACCAAGGUCCCUACGCCAUCAUCUUGGCCCCUACUCGCGAGCUGGCCCAGCAAAUCGAGGAGGAAACCAUCAAGUUCGGGAAGCCGCUGGGCAUCCGCACCGUGGCCGUGAUCGGAGGAAUCUCCCGCGAGGACCAAGGCUUCCGGCUCCGCAUGGGCUGCGAGAUCGUCAUCGCUACCCCGGGGCGUCUCAUUGACGUGCUGGAGAACCGCUACCUGGUGCUGAGCCGCUGCACCUACGUGGUGCUGGACGAGGCGGACCGCAUGAUCGAUAUGGGCUUCGAGCCCGACGUGCAGAAGAUCCUGGAGCACAUGCCCGUCACCAACCAAAAACCCGACACGGACGAGGCUGAGGACCCCGAGAAAAUGCUGGCGAACUUCGAGUCGGGGAAGCACAAGUACAGGCAGACCGUCAUGUUCACGGCCACCAUGCCACCGGCGGUGGAGCGCCUGGCCCGCAGCUACCUCCGCCGUCCGGCUGUGGUCUACAUCGGCUCCGCCGGCAAGCCGCACGAGCGGGUGGAGCAGAAGGUCUUCCUCAUGUCGGAGUCGGAGAAGAGGAAGAAGCUGUUAGCCAUCCUGGAACAGGGCUUCGACCCGCCCAUCAUCAUUUUUGUCAACCAGAAGAAGGGCUGCGACGUGCUGGCGAAGUCGCUGGAGAAGAUGGGGUACAACGCCUGCACCCUGCACGGCGGCAAAGGCCAGGAGCAGCGAGAGUUCGCCCUCUCCAACCUGAAGGCAGGGGCCAAGGACAUCCUGGUGGCCACGGACGUGGCCGGCCGUGGUAUCGACAUCCACGACGUCUCCAUGGUCGUCAACUACGACAUGGCCAAGAACAUCGAGGAUUACAUCCACCGCAUCGGGCGGACGGGCCGAGCGGGGAAGAGCGGCGUGGCCAUCACCUUCCUCACCAAGGAGGACUCCACCGUCUUCUACGACCUGAAGCAGGCCAUCCUGGAGAGCCCCGUGUCCUCCUGCCCCCCCGAGCUGGCCAACCACCCCGACGCCCAGCACAAGCCUGGCACCAUCCUCACCAAGAAGAGGCGGGAGGAGACCAUCUUCGCGUGAGGCCCCGGGGAUGGUGUCGGCCUCUCGGCCAGCGCUCUGGGGACAGCGGGACCACCGAGGGCACCACCGAGGGCUGCCGGGACUUUGCUGGCUGCUCCUUCCCCCGAGCCCCAGGCCCCAGUGCAGCCAGGACUGCUGACGGCAGGGACCGGGGCCGGGACUGCCCCGAAACGUCCCCUGCGUGCUCCCGGUCCCUCUCCCUGCGUUCACCGUGGACUUGUGGAGCUGCCGGAGGCUGUUUGGGGGCAGGUUCCUCCCUGCCCACCUGCUGCCCAGGCAGGUUCGGGGCUGGGUUCCUUGCGCUGGUUUGUAGCCAGGGCUGUCCCUGGAGCCGUGUUCCUUUCAUCCCUUUUUUAGCUAAACCUCCAAGCUGCGGGAAUAAACCUGCAGCAGCGUUGCCAGGUGUCGCCUCCCCGUGCUGUCCGUUUCUGUGGCGCCGCCUCACGUCCCUGGCUGGCAGCUUCCUGCGCCCUUCCCCGCACCCUGAGGUGCUCAGAGCCGGCAGCGCCCCUAAAAGAAGAGCCUUUGAGCCCUGGGUCCCGUCCCUCACCCAGCCCCGGUGCCUGCGGUCCCCGUGCUGCAGCUUUCCCCCUUCCCCAACCGCCAGAAAACCGGACACCGCUGCCUCCGAGCACGCUCGUGUUUCUGAAACAAGUUACAGGGAAAUCAGUGCUUUCUACAAAAAAAAGAAAUUAUAACAAA